GUGCAACCUUUACUCGCGGGGGUCAGCCCAUCUCUCUCUGUCUGCAGGUAGAGCUCCUUUUCAAUCCUUUUCACAGCAUCGAUCCAUCAGCGACAAAAUGGAUGAAAAUAGCAUCAACAAUAUCAAGACGACUAAUACACACCAUGAGUCGCUCCCAAACAUGCCUAGGCUGAGUACGAUUCCUACUUCGAUCACGCUCUCUAGCGAGCAAUUCGAGAGGCUCUACCUGAGCCCAUUGCUACACCGUCAGCCACAGUACGCCAAGCAACUAGGCAAUCCAACUCCACUGGCAUUGGGCGGGUUCGUCAUCACAACAACCCCACUUUCGUGUUGCUUAAUGGGUUGGAGGGGAGCCGGGGGGAAUGGCAUUGCGUUCACUGGUACUAUCGUCUUUCUUGGAGGAGGCUUGUUGGUUAUCACCAGCAUUCUCGAGUUUAUUCUGGGGAACACCUUCCCAUGUGUUGUAUUCGGCACCAUAGGUGCAUUCUGGUUCGCCUUCGCUACAACAAUGACCCCGGCAUUUAACGCUGCAGGUUUGUCUCAUGGGUUGUUUUGCUUCAAAGUGGUAGUAUCAAAGAAACUGACAACCCAACUACGAAUAGCUCCAUACUCGUCGUCUACAACCAACACAUUGCAAGGGCUUAGUAGCCCAGAGUUCCUGGACACUUAUGCUUUCUUCUACCUGUCAAUGGCUAUACUGAUGAUCAUUUUCUUGAUAUGUGCCACUCGCACGAACGCUGUCUUUGUCCUCAUAUUCGCAGCCCUCACCAUGGUCUUUCUGUUACUGACCGGAGCUUACUGGAGACUGGCGGUUGCAGAUUCUCUUGUCGGGAACCGGUUGGUUGUUGGCGCGGGAGCUUUUCUUUUCAUCGCAAGCAUACUUGGGUUCUAUAUGUUGAUUGCGCAACUCUUCGAUUCCGUCGCUUUACCCAUACGCAUUCCUGUAGGGGAUCUGAGUGGGCUCUGGGACCGUCGUAAGAAAGAAAACCCUCAACAGGACCUAGAGACAAAUGUCAGCAGCGUUGACGACAAGUGAGUGUUUAAAAACGGGGGCACGCCCCGUGUAAUGGCUAGGGUUCUCCUUCUUCACACUACACAACGACCUAAGCCAAUCUAAGCAGAAGAGGUCAUCGUGAAAUAAUGGCUUGAUGAUGAUGGAUAGUUACCAUUAUAUAAUACGAGAAAUUUGUUUUCUUAAACAGCUUUAUCUUGGUCGGCGGAGGGCAGAGCUUGGGGAGGGCUUAGUUUCGGCUUGAUUAAUAGUCUCUUGAGGUCUCUGAAAUGGACGAACUCCCAACUUCAUCUGAACCGAUGCAGAAUGCAUGUGUACAGCGAAGCGCUACUUCAUGGAAUACCUAGCACAUUCAUGCCUGGGCUGUGGUGUUCUGUUUGGAUUUAGUGUCUGAACUGAAUGGGGGGCAUAUGCCUUCCUUGUAUCUAUUACCUGGUAGACAGGUUUAUACUCACUUCUCC